GCCUCUCUCUCCUCCCCGGUCCCCUCCUCGGAAGUAGACGUAUCCGUCUAUAUUCCGUUCUUUUCUUUUUAUACAUUUUUAUUUAAAAAGGACCCCUCUUCCCCGCAGUCGGCACUAUGGACGCGAAGAUGGAGGACUAACCGGAGGACCCGGAGCCGACCCGCCCCCCUCUUUAUCCGGAUGAAAUCCCACUGUCGUUUUCUCCGCUUCUCAGGGGAGGUAGCUGUAUCCAGUGGGGAGGAGGUAGGCUUAACCAGGGAACGGAGAGAUGAAGUUCAGCGAACCCUGGGAAGGCCGGAGGCUGGCUGUUCUCCUGGAGAAGGCCGCCUCUAGGGAAGCCCACAUGUGGAGGGUCUACUUGCCCAAGAAAACCUCCUCACAGGAUACAGACAUCUCCCCGGCUCAGCGGGACGAGGCGGUGCGCUGGUUGACCGAACUCCACAGGAGGCUGCAGCUGUACCCAGAAACCCUGGUGUUGGCCGUCAGCAUCCUGGACCGCUUCCUCGCUCCCAUCAAGGCUCGUCCAAAGUACCUGCGCUGCAUCGCCAUCGCCUGUUUCUUCCUGGCUGCCAAAACCUGUGAGGAGGACGAGUGCGUUCCGUCUCUGAAGGAGCUGGCGUCCUCCAGCGGCUGUGGUUGUUCUCCGUCUGAGAUCCUGAGGAUGGAGAGGAUCAUCCUGGACAAACUGAACUGGGAUCUGCACACCGCCACGCCACUGGACUUCCUGCACAUCUUCCAUGCGAUGGUACGGUCAUGUCGAUCAGGUUAUUUGGACGCCAUGUUGGGAAUGAACCGCUCCAAGCAUCUGGGCGUGCUCACACAGCGACUCUACCACUGUCUGUCGGACCACACACUGAUACAGCUCAGAGGUUCCAUGCUGGCCUUGGCCCUCGUCACCUUGGAGCUGGAGACCUGCUGUCCUGAUUGGCUGGUUCUGACCAUCGACCUGCUGAGGAAGGCUCAGAUCGACAGUUCGGAGCUGAUCCGGAGUCGAGAGCUGGUGGCUCGUAGUCUGUCCACGCCCAGGUCUGCCCCGCCUCCUAACACCGUGUACAUCUACCGCCCCCUGCAGGCGCUGGACCACGCCCCCCCGACGCCAACACCAGGGACCGUCACCUCAUCCACAGAGUCCUCCAGGGACCAGGUCCUCGCUGCUGCACCGGCCCGGCCUCACAGCUCCGCCUCUGGAGAGGGGAGUGGCGAUGGCGUCCCGGCUCUGGUGUCUCCACCCACUCCCGUCCAGCGCCUGAGGAAGGUGACGCUGCGCUGCAAAGCUUCAACCAAGCGCAAAGUGGAUGAGAUGGAGGUGGACGACUUCUACGACGCCAUCAAACGCCUCUACAACGAAGAUGUCACCACCAGUACCGCCGCUGCCAUCCAGGAGGGGGCGCUACCGGACGGAGGCUCCUCCCCCUGCCCGCCCCUGCAGCCCAUCAGCGCCCCCUAGGGACCAAUCGGGUACCGGGUCACCGAAAACCACCUGAACAGCGACUUCAUCCGAGCCGUCGGUUUCAUCCGAAUUCUGACCUGAAAUAAUUGGACUUUUUUACGACAUGAAGCGCUCGUCGUAAAUAAGACGACUAAAGCGUUUCCGCGUUCACGCCUCAGUCCGCGGUCGUCGUUUUUCGGACGACCGACUCAAUGUUCCCUGUCGUCGUGACCAAAUAAAAUCCCAUAAACUGAACGGAUCGGCUGAAUUCUGCCGCUGACUUCGCUGUUUUUUGGUUUUUUCGGUGCGGAGCCGUCCUCAGGUCAGUUCCAUCGACCCCCACAGCCGACAACAGAGCCCACAAAUACGACAAAAAAAAAAAUAAAUAAACGACGAAAAAGUAAAAAAAUCUGCUGCUGCUACUUUUCUGAUUCUAUUAAAAACAAAAGGUCAAAAAAAUAACAAAGAGAAAACCUUCAAAAAAAAAAAACAAUUGACUUUUUUUUUUUUUUUUUACCCUGUGUGUUUGUUCGUCGUUUCCUCCUGUUGUUUUGUUGUUUUCUGUCUGUUCAUAUAUUUGUGUUCUUCUUCUCUUUCUCUGCAUGUUUUCUUCUAUUUAUACGUGAAAUCAGUCGAACUAAUCCAGUGUAGACGAGUAUCUAGAACCGCCCACGUUGAAGAAAAGGAAGAAGCUCGUGCCACAAACGUCCCUUCCAUCCUUACGUUUUCGCUCUCGGCUUGUUGCGAAUCCAAGUUUCUCAGGUUGGGAUUUUUUUUUUUUUCGCUAAAACGAACAUUUAAAGAAGAAAAAUUUCCCCCCAGGUUGUUUUCCAGUGGGACAAAUAGCUGCUGCUGUUACUAAUAAUUUAUCAUUUAAUAUCCUGACGCUCUGUUGUCGUUGCUGUGGAUCUGCCGGGGGCUCCUCCGGGUCCGUGAACGCAUCGCUGCACCAGGAAAUCACACUCAAUAAAGAGCCUGAACACAC